AUGAUUGAAGCGUUUCGCGCGUUGUUCGCGCUGAAGCGUGGGCGUGACGAUGCGCAACAGAACGAGGAACAAGCGAAACGGCGCGCGGAGAUCGACGCGCGCGCGGUGGACUCGACGAGUGCCGGCGGUGCGUUCGACGGCGCAGGAGACACGGAAUUCGCUGAAAAACGCGACAAUGGCGUCGCGCGGGGGGGCCAGGGCACGAGUGGCGCCGAACCGACAGGUGGUGCGGACGAGAACCCGGCGGAGGAGGCGACGAACACGGGGAAGGGGAACCGGAAGUGCGUUCUGUGCAACCACGCCGUCGCCCGUCGCACUGUCAGUAUGUUCUUCGUCGGCACAUUGGUCAUUGACGUGUUUCAACCGAUUUUCGACCGAUACUCUCGCAUCAAAAAGAAGCGAAUCGGUACAAUUGAUAAAAAUCAGACAUUUCGUCAAGGCGACGGUUUGUGCGUAGCAUGUUCCGCGCUUUUUGAAGAUUGUGUUCGCUGCUGGCUCGAUUGGAAGUUUGAGUUGAUCGUUGACGCCGCGCGCAAGUUGAAGAUUUUGAGCGCGCACGUCCGCGACCACUUGGAUGGCAAGUUGCCGAGAUUUCGUGAUGUGGCCACACUCGCGCGAUGGGACCAUGAAGAUGAUGGGGAAAGAGACGGCGUUCCGGUUGGAAAAUUUUGGUACAGCUUAAACCACUCAACGGACAAAGAGCGACUGAAGCGUCGAAGCCAUCAAAGUCGUCGUCCGCGCGGACAGCUCUGGUACAACGGAAGUUUUCGCGACGGCGUUGAAAACUAUGGAUACCGAUCUUGGGAUACGAUUGGGUUCCGACUUGACUUUACCGAUUUGGCCAAUGGGGAGCUAUGA